ACAAAUUCAUAAAAUUAUAAAAUAUUUUUUUUAAAUUUGAAAGGUGUUUUAUAAAAAUAUAAUUAAAGACGCAAUCGAGUGAAAUUAGAACGAACUCCACUUAUAAAAAUAUAUUGAUAGCAUAGGUAGUGCGGAUGAGAAUUUUCUUUCUUUCAAAAAGAAAAAUAUGAGAAGAAAAUUCACAAGUCCUCCCCAAGAAAGACUCUGCAGGCAAAAAACCCAUCAAUUAAAAUAAGGUAAUUGUUUUGCUUUGGAAGAAAGAAGAGAUAGAAAUGGGACAAAAUAUGCAAAGAAAUGCUCUGGUUUUGUUCCUGCAGUUUUGUGUCUUGAUCAUCUUCUUAACCCAUGUCAAUGGAGAGACAUCUCCAUUUGAUCAUCAUUUCCAUGAUCAAAUGCGAAAAAUGCAAGCCUUUAAGUCUUCUAUAAUCCGCCGUGAAUUGGCUUCCUCCCCCUCUCCUUCUCCUUCUCCUAGCUAUUAUUCUUCUCCAGCUCCAUCACCACAGGGUGUGGAUGUGCAUGCUCCAAGAGUAUUUGAAGCCACAUCAUUUGGAGCAGAUCCAAGUGGGAAAUCAGACAGCACAGCAGCACUUGAAAAAGCAAUAGCAGCAGCAUUCUUCCAGGGUCCAAAAGAAAGGUUCUUGAUGGAUGGAAUCACAAAUCUUGGAGGUGCACAGAUUCAUCUUCAGGGUGGGAUUUACAAGAUUUCUCAACCUCUAAGAUUGCCUGCAGGUGGAGCAGGGAACCUUAUGAUUAGUGGAGGUACAUUAUUAGCUUCAGAUGAUUUUCCAACAGAUGGGUAUCUCAUUGAUCUGUCACCACCCUCCUCCGCCGUCGCCUCCUCCGCCUCCUAUAACUAUGAGUACACAACUCUCAAAGACUUGAUGCUAGAUUGCAAUUUCAGGGGCGGAGGCAUUUCAGUUAUAAACUCACUCAGGACUAGCAUAGACAACUGUUACAUUACCCAUUUCAACACUAACGGAAUUUUAGUUCAACAAGGCCAUGAAACCUACAUCCGAAACUCAUUUCUCGGCCAGCAUAUUACCGCCGGCGCCGAUCCAGGCGAGAGAAACUUUUCAGGCACUGCAAUAAACCUCAUGGGAAACGACAACGCAGUGACAGAUGUCGUAAUCUUUUCAGCUGCUAUUGGAAUAAUGAUUUCAGGUCAGGGUAAUACAAUUUCAGGAGUUCACUGUUACAAUAAGGCCACAGGUUUCGGAGGCACAGGAAUUUACCUGAAGCUGCCGAAUCUAACCCAGACAAGGAUUUUGAAUUGUUAUUUAGACUACACUGGAAUUGUUGCUGAAGAUCCUAACCAGCUCACAAUCACUAACAGUUUUUUCCUGGGAGAUGCAUACAUCGUCCUGAAAUCGAUCAAUGGGGUUGCCAAGGGGAUCACCAUUGUUGAUAACAUGUUUUCUGGGUCCGACAAGGGGAUCGACAUUGUUCAGCUGGAGCAAUCAAAUGGUCGUUUCAAGAACAUUGAUCAAGUUGUGGUGGAUAGGAACAGUGUUCAAGGGAUGAACAUAAGAACAACUAUUGCUAAGGAGUCUGUUCAAGGGAAUGGAACGUCAUGGACUGUUGAUUUUGGUCCAAUUCUAUUAUUUCCUGACCUUAUCAAUCACGUUCAGUACUCACUGAGCGUAAAUGGUACCUCGUUUCCUAGUUAUGCUCUGCGAAAUAUUUCAGGAAACAAGGUUGUAAUAGAAUCGGAUGUUGCAAUUUCUGGUAGAGCAUUCGUGGCAGUGAAUCAAGCAGUGACAAUUUGAUGGUCUGGUUGGAUUUUGUGAAGGUUAAUGUCGUCUGAAUCAGGACAAUGAUUAGGGAAAAUUAUUCCUGAGGAGGAGAGAAGAAAAAGAAAAGAUUUGAUUUCAUAUGGGUUCAUUUUGUUUAGAAUGAAUUGUAUACGUUAAUAUAUAUUAUCAAAUUAUAUUCAUUUGAUUGCAUACACAAUAUAAAUGUUAGUGAAUAAAGAUACACUUUUCUCU